GACUAUACCUCGCGCUUCGCAACUUCAUGGUUCCUCUCGCCUCUUCAACUGGCUAUAUGGCGUGCGAUCGUUGCAAUUUAUGCUUUUCUGGUCAUCUUUAUCAUCCUGGGUCACGAGGGCAGCAGAGCUGCUGGCCAGUCUUUCAGUUAUUUCACUGUCCUCGGCUAUUGGGGACUGGCGUUUUAUUACGCCGUAUCUUGCGCCCACUCUUUGAGUUUCUGGCUUCAUGGCGAGUCCUGGCUGCAAAAGUGGCCGAGAUCUCUUCAGUGGUUGCAUUCAGUAUUUUAUGCCACUGUCACGGUAUUUCCAUUCGUUGUCACCGCCGUGUUCUGGGGCGCUCUUUCGAAUGGAGCUUUUUCGAAUGAGUGGACAACUUGGUCCAACAUCAGCCAGCAUGCACUCAACUCUGUCAUGGCGUUUGCAGAGAUUGUGAUCCCUCGCACGCAGCCGCAUCCUUGGCUGAACAUCCUUCCUAUUGUCAUCUUGCUCGCACUUUACCUCGGACUUGCCUAUCUCACACAUUCGACCCAGCACUUCUAUGUGUAUCCCUUCUUGGAUCCGAGAAAUGGAAGGGGCCUGAUUGCUGGAGCUUGUAUCGGUAUCCUGGCCGCUGCAGUGGUUGUCUUUGUCAUCGUCCACUUCUUGAUCAAGUUGCGCGAGUGGAUCACAGAGACCAAACUUGGGCUCUAUGGAAAUCUCUCCACU